GUUCGGCUUGAGGAUUGCAGUUUGACCCGCUGAGCUAGAGCCCGGAGCUGGAGCAUGAUCCACCGGCGGAUCUUUUUGUCUCAGGAUCUGAUGUGCUUUGAGACUCAUAAUGCUGCUCCACCUGUGUAGUGUAAAGAACCUGUACCAGAGCAGGUUUGUGAGUCUGGCGGCGAUGGCGUCUCCGUCGCGCAGUUCUCCGAUGCGCCGGCGCUGGAAAGACGGUUCUCGAUUCGGUUUCGCUCAGACGGACCGAUCGCUCCAUCGCUCGACCAGCGACACUGACCUGCUGACCUUACAGAGCCGCUCCACCCUGACAGUAAGCUCCUCCCACUACUGCAUCGGCCAAUCAGAGGACAUCUGCAUCUGCUGGGACAUCAAGGAGGAGGUGGAGCCUGGAGACUGGAUCGGCAUGUACCUCAUCGAUGAGGUUUUGUCUGAGAAUUUUCUGGACUAUAAGAGUCGUGGUGUGAGCGGAUCCCACAAAGGCCAGAUCAGAUGGAGGAUUGACGCCAGCCUCUACUUCAUGGAAGCUGAGACGAAGAUUUGCUUCAAAUAUUAUCAUGGUUUGAGUGGAGCCCUCAGAGCCACAACACCCAGUGUGACGGUCAGGAACACAUCCGCCUCUGCGCUGAAGCCGGUCAUCAGUCCGGAUCUCCCUCAGUCUCUGGGCAGCAGGAGACUCAUCAGCUUCUCCCUCUCCGAUGUGCAGGCGGUGGGUCUGAAGAAGGGGAUGUUCUUCAAUCCAGACCCGUAUCUGAAGAUCUCCGUCCAGCCUGGAAAACAGAGUUUAUUCCCUGCGCUUCCACACCACGGGCAAGAGAAACGCUCCAGCAUCGUCUGCAACACCGUCAGCCCCGUCUGGAAGAGAGAGCGGUUUAACUUUGUGUCGCUGCCGACGGAUGUUUUGGAGAUCGAGGUUAAAGAUAAGUUUGCGAAGAGUCGACCCAUUAUUAAACGCUUUCUGGGGAAGCUGGUGGUGCCGGUGCAGAGGCUGUUGGAGAAACACGCCAUCGGGGACCGUGUGGUGAGCUACACUUUAGGCCGGUGGCUUCCAACAGAUCAUGUCAGCGGCCAGCUUCAGUUUCGCUUCGAGAUAACUUCAUCAAUCCAUCCAGAUGAUGAGGAAGUGUCUCUCAAUGCAAUGCCAGUCUUUGAUGCAGAACCUGACCAGCAGAUGGAUCCGGAGCCCAUUGAAGACCCACCACCAGCUUCUAAUCUCCCAGUGGAGGAUGCAUUAAGUCUAGAACCUGACAUGCCUGAACCUCCACCUGAAUGCCUUCCAGAAAUCGAGACUCGGGAUUCAGUGCUGCUUACAUCUCCAUCUGAGCCCAGUAAAGAAACCCAACCUGAAGGAGAUGAGGACAUGGUAACAGCUCAAGGAGAGACACUAAUGAAUGAAACCACUCUAGGAGAAACUGCAGAACAAGACCCCGGAAUAAUGGAGGAUAAUGGAGAGGCGCUGGAAGAAACUAUGGCUGAGACUCCAUCAGAAGUACUGGAUAACCAUGAGGCUGAACAUACUGAUGGAGUAAAUGAACAAAAUGAAGAGCAUGACGUUGAAAUGGGCUCAGAACAUGUUGAUCUAAUGGUGGAUGCAGAUGAAGAAUGUUCCCCAAGGGUACGAGUUCCCUUAAAGCGCAAGAAUCGACCGUGUUCACUUCCAGUAUCUGAAUUAGAGACGGUUAUCGCCUCGACUUGUGAAGAACCCGAAACGCCUCGCUCUCAUUACAUCCGCAUUCAUCAUCUACUCCACAGUUUGCCAUCAGCUCAGUGCCGAGAUGAAGACGAUGAAGAGGAUGCACCCGAUCCCGAAUCUUCAGAGGAAAUCACUGUCAAACCUCAAGAAGAUAAAGAUGAUGAAGAUGAGAUAUCAGAAGCUCAGUCUCCGUCAGUUGUUCCUGAGUGUCCCAGACCGUGUUGCAGGCGAAUUUUACCGCGUAGCCUCUCAAUUGAGCGUCUUUCUGAACUGAACCAUCUUCUGGAGGGAGAAAGACCCUCGCCGUCCACCCUCCGAAUCUACAGUGAAGACGGGGAUUCGGGAAGAAGAAGGGAGCCUCGGGAAAGCGAGUGUGAAUUUUGUGAUAACUCCUGCUAUAGUACGUCGUGUUACAGCACGUCCUGUUACAGCACCUCGUGUUACAGCACAAAUUCGGGUUACGAGGGCCGAAACCGGCUGUGCAGCCACACGCGCCUGUCCUCGGUGGACAGCACCCGCCUGUCGGAGAGCACGGUUUUCUCUUCGCAGGAGGACGAGGAGGAAGAAAACAGCGCGUUCGAGUCGGUGUCUGACUCCAUGCGGAGCCCAGAUGUGCGGGAGCCGGGAGGAGGGUCUGUCCAGUGGAGGGGGUCGUCUUCAGAAGAGAGUCCUCUGGGGGAUGCGGAGGUGGAGUCGCCGCCUGUGGCUGGACCCAGUGUUAGGCCAACAGGCAGUUUUCAUUUGCACUGCAGUCAUCAUGCAAUCACACAGACUCCUGAUUUGCGGCCUGAUCCCCAUCAUUACCCCAGUGUUGAUCAACCAUUACCACCAAAUUGGGAGGCGCGUGUGGACAGUCACGGUCGUGUCUUUUAUGUGGAUCAUGUGAACCGAACAACAACAUGGCAGAGACCCAUUCAUGCAGCCAAACGCUCCGCCAUGCAGAGAUCGGGAUCCACACACCAGAUGGAGCAGCUCAACCGCAGGUAUCAGAAUAUUCAGAGGACGAUGGCGAGUGAAGACGAGCCUGUAAACACUCACAGAUCUGAGAGAAACACUGGAGAAACUGAGAGCGAAUCCACAACACAGUCCACAGAUCAGAGAAGAGACGGUCCUUCAUCUCCCGUCAACAACCCGAGCGUCUCUCAGCUGCUUCAGUGUCCCGCCGUCAAGUUCAUCACUCACCCAGAAUUCUUCACUGUCCUCCAUGCAAACUACGGCGCGUAUCGGAUGUUCACUAACAGCACCUGCCUGAAGCACAUGGUUCUGAAGAUCCGCAGAGACGCACGAAACUUUGAGCGAUAUCAACACAACCGAGACCUCGUCACCUUCAUCAAUAAGUUCGCUGACACUCAUCUGGAGCUGCCGAGGGGCUGGGAGAUCAAAACUGACCCGCAGGGAAAGUCCUUCUUCGUGGACCACAACAGUCGAGCGACCACCUUCAUGGACCCCCGGAUUCCCCUUCAGAACGGCCGCCUGCCGAAUCACCUCAUACACAGACAACACCUGCAGAGACUGCGCAGCUACAGCGCCGGGGAGGCAUCAGAAGUGUGUCGCAGCAGAGGAGCGUCUCUGGCGAACAGAUCUGGCCUAGUGUCCGCCGUCAGGAGCCCAAACCAGCCGGAUUCAGUGCCUCACGCCUACAAUGACAAGAUUGUGGCUUUCCUCCGUCAACCAAACAUACUGGACACGCUGCAGGAGCGACAGCCGAGUCUAUCCAGAAACCACACACUCAGGGAGAAAAUCCAUUACAUCAGGACUGAAGGAGCUCAAGGUGUGGAAAAGCUGUCCUGUGAUGCGGAUCUGGUGAUGCUGCUGAGUCUGUUUGACGAGGAGAUCAUGUCGUUUGUCCCCCCGCACUCCUUCCACCCGGGACUCAGCUUUUCUCCACGCUGCUCUCCCGGAUCCUCACCGCAGAACUCACCUGGCUUGCAGAGGGCCCGAGCGCCGGCUCCAUACCGUAGAGACUUUGAGGCAAAACUGCGCAACUUCUACAGGAAACUGGAGGCUAAAGGCUAUGGACAGGGGCCCGGGAAAAUUAAGCUGAUCGUCAGAAGAGAGCACCUACUGGAGGGCACGUUUAAUCAAGUGAUGGCGUACUCGCGCAAAGAGCUCCAGAGAAACAAACUCUACAUCACUUUUGUUGGAGAAGAAGGUUUGGACUACAGCGGCCCGUCUCGGGAGUUCUUCUUCUUGUUGUCUCAGGAGCUUUUUAACCCAUAUUACGGUCUGUUCGAGUACUCUGCUAACGACACGUAUACGGUGCAGAUCAGCCCCAUGUCUGCGUUUGUGGAGAAUCAUCUGGAAUGGUUUCGUUUCAGUGGCCGUAUUUUGGGUCUGGCUCUGAUCCAUCAGUAUCUGCUGGAUGCUUUCUUCACUCGGCCGUUCUACAAGGCUCUGCUCAGACUAGUGACAGAUUUAAGUGAUCUGGAGUAUCUGGAUGAGGAGUUUCACCAGAGCUUACAGUGGAUGAAGGACAACGACAUCACUGAUAUUCUGGAUCUCACGUUCACAGUCAACGAGGAGGUCUUCGGACAGGUGACGGAGAGGGAACUGAAGUCUGGAGGCUCCAACAUUCAGGUGACGGAGAAGAACAAGAAAGAUUACAUCGAGCGAAUGGCAAGAUGGAGGGUGGAGAGGGGGGUCAUGCAGCAGGCCGAAGCCCUCGUCAGAGGUUUCUAUGAGGUGGUGGACUCGCGUCUGGUGUCAGUGUUUGAUGCUCGUGAGCUGGAGUUGGUCAUUGCAGGAACGGCUGAGAUUGACUUGAGCGACUGGAGAUCCAACACUGAGUAUAGAGGAGGUUAUCAUGAUGGACACAUGGUGAUGCGCUGGUUCUGGGCGGCAGUGGAGCGCUUCAACAAUGAGCAGCGGCUGCGUUUGCUGCAGUUUGUGACGGGAACCUCCAGUGUUCCCUAUGAGGGAUUCGCAGCGCUGCGCGGGAGCAACGGCCUGAGGCGAUUCUGCAUUGAGAAGUGGGGAAAGGUUACUUCUCUGCCCAGGGCACACACAUGCUUCAACCGUCUGGAUCUGCCUCCAUAUCCCUCAUACACUAUGCUCUAUGAGAAACUCCUGACCGCUGUGGAGGAGACCAGCACCUUUGGUCUGGAGUGAAGCAUUUUUUUAUAUUACUGCAAAUGCAUUUUCAAGGACUCAAUCCACAAGAGACUUUGUAAUGAUUUUUAAACUAGGAUUUUGUUUAAAAUGACUUGAAAUAGCAUGUUUCUGCACUAAAAUACUAUAUAUAUAGUAAUUUUUCCAUAUGUGCGAGAUUAUGGGGACAGAAGCAAACACGUAUGCAAUAGUAAAAACCAGACUCCAGCCUAUUGUAUUCAAAUGAAGGAGUAGCAUCCGGCUUUCCAUUGAUUUUUCAGUGUCUCCCUUUUUUCCAGCAGUUUUGGUGCUUAUUACUAUUCAUUUUCCCCAUAGGGAUUUAAAGAUUUUGAUCAAUUAUUUUUAAACCAUGAAAGAAAACAACCAGUAUAUAGAGAUAAGUCAGAAAGACAAAGAUACAAAACUUUAACUAAUUAUAAAAAGGGAAAAAACUACAAUGGCAACAAUACAGUCAAAUUUAAAGGAGGGAGAAAUAUGAAACUAUUCAUUUAAAGUUGUUUAUUGCAUCUGUGCAAGUAAUAUAUUUCAGGUUUAUUGAAAAAUAUGCAUAUAUUUACAAAUAUACAAGUACCUUUGCAGAGUUUUAUGCAAGUGGGCGGAGCUGAAGAUCUCUUGGCGUGAUUUGCUUGCUGCAACUCUCUGAUUGGUGGAAUUUUCUGCACAGCAUCAUGGGUAAUGUAGUUUUUCUGCACCAAUCUCGCAAUUAUACAUGUUUAAAAAUAUAAAAAGAAUUCAUGCAAAAAAAUGGAGUUUAGCAAACUUAUCUCACAACUGUGUUUAAAUGUUUGUUCUUUUCCCCCAUGGAGAAAAUGAAUGAGUUUUUACUUCAGAAACCCAAACGUU